UACUGUAUUAUACGCUCACACCAUAUAAACCGUUAUACAGUAAAUACAUGUGAGAGUUGAGUUGAGGCCGGUUUCCAAUGUCUUCAAACAUUUUUAAUGUCAGAUAAUGUGUGCAUAACUAUCAUAACUAUCACUACUAUUACUACACUAAACACAUACACACACAUACUGUACUGUAUUUCAGUUUAAAGUGAAAAUACGUUAUUAAUAAAGUGUUUUUAUCGCACAUAUCGUUAACAAAUUAAACGCCCUUUCAAUCAAACAGUAUUUUACUUCAUUUGAUUUGAUUUCAUAGUUUUUUUUUGGUGUUUGUCUUUCAUUUGUCGUCUAUAAGUAGACAUUCAAUAAAUCUCUCAGCAAAAUGCGUGAAAUAGUUCACAUACAGGCCGGACAAUGUGGUAAUCAAAUUGGUGCCAAGUUUUGGGAAGUAAUUAGCGAAGAACACGGUAUCGAUAAGACUGGCCAUUAUAAUGGCGACAAUGAUCUUCAAUUGGAAAGGAUUAACGUAUAUUAUAACGAGUCGUCGUCUAAUACAUAUGUGCCGAGAGCUGUGCUCCUGGACUUAGAGCCGGGAACAAUGGACGCUUGUCGUAGCGGUGAAUACGGACAGUUGUUCCGACCGGACAACUUUGUGUUCGGCCAGAGUGGCGCCGGUAACAACUGGGCUAAGGGUCACUACACCGAAGGAGCCGAACUGGUCGACACUGUUAUGGAUGUGGUCCGCAAAGAGUCCGAGGGUUGCGAUUGUUUGCAGGGCUUUCAAUUGGCCCAUUCGUUAGGUGGCGGAACCGGUUCUGGUAUGGGAACACUUCUCAUAUCUAAAAUACGAGAAGAAUAUCCCGAUCGUAUAAUGAGUACAUUCAGUGUUAUGCCAUCACCAAAGGUAUCGGAAACAGUUGUCGAGCCCUAUAACGCCACACUAUCUGUUCAUCAAUUGGUUGAAAACACGGACCAAACCUAUUGUAUAGACAACGAAGCUCUGUAUGAUAUUUGUUUCCGUACUUUGAAGUUGACUAACCCCUCCUACACCGAUCUCAACCAAUUGGUUGCACUAACAAUGUCCGGUGUGACCACUUGUCUACGAUUUCCCGGUCAAUUGAACGCCGAUUUAAGAAAAUUGGCCGUAAAUAUGGUACCGUUUCCUCGUUUGCAUUUUUUCGUACCCGGUGUCGCUCCGUUGACAUCUGUAGGUUCGAAACAGUAUCGAAACCUAACGGUUGCCGAACUAACCGCUCAAAUGUUUGACGCUAAAAACAUGAUGGCCGCCUGUGAUCCGCGACACGGCCGAUAUCUAACUGUGGCCGUUAUUUUUCGCGGCCGUAUGUCAAUGAAAGAGGUGGACCAACAGAUGGCAAACAUACAGAAUAAGAAUAGCACUUAUUUUGUUGAAUGGAUCCCAAAUAACGUGAAGACAGCUGUCUGUGAUAUCGCUCCGCGCGGCUUAAAAAUGUCCUCCACUUUCAUCGGCAACACCACAGCUAUUCAAGAUAUUUUCAAACGUAUUUCCGAACAGUUCACUGCUAUGUUCCGCCGAAAGGCUUUCCUUCAUUGGUAUACCGGGGAAGGUAUGGAUGAGAUGGAGUUCACUGAAGCCGAGUCCAAUAUGAAUGAUUUGGUGUCAGAGUAUCAACAGUAUGAGGCACUUGAGAUCGAUGAAGAAGAUUUCGAUGAUGAAGAUGGACACGAAGAACCCAUUGAACAUGAAGACGCUUAAACAUCAUUACUGAUUCACUAUUAUAUUUUCAACAUUGAUAUUCAUAUAUAUAUAUUGAAUUUUUUAUUAAAUUACAU